UCUCGGCAGGCAGGCAGAGGAGAGAGGGUUAGCUUGUGGGAUUUUGAACAGACCUGCUCUCUAGGAGACGCUGACUUUCUCUCACUGUUCUCAGUCUGUGCCUCAGUCAGUGGCUCACUCAUUGCUCUGUUCCUCACUCGCUCGUCUUCCCCUUUUCUCGUUGUCUUCUCUUUCUCUUGUCUGUCCUCAGUACCCUCCUGUUGCUUCAUCUGCUGCCGCAAACUCUCACUGAAGACAAAGUUCUGGGAGAUGGACUGCUGAGCUGCUCACGCAUUGCUUCCAAGAGAGCUAUUCACUGAGAAACCAAGCGGGACGACAGAGAUGGGGAAACAAAACAGCAAACUCCGUCCUGAGGUGAUGCAGGACCUGCUGGAGAGCACUGACUUCACCGAGCACGAGAUCCAGGAAUGGUACAAAGGCUUCCUGAGGGACUGCCCCAGCGGAAAUCUCUCCAUGGAGGAGUUCAAAAAGAUCUAUGGGAACUUCUUCCCAUAUGGAGACGCCUCCAAAUUUGCAGAGCACGUCUUUCGUACGUUCGACGCCAAUGGCGAUGGGACAAUUGACUUCCGAGAGUUCAUAAUCGCCUUGAGCGUGACAUCACGUGGAAAACUUGAGCAGAAGUUAAAGUGGGCCUUUAGCAUGUAUGACCUUGACGGAAACGGCUACAUCAGUAAAGCUGAGAUGCUAGAGAUCGUUCAGGCGAUCUACAAGAUGGUUUCUUCAGUGAUGAAGAUGCCUGAAGACGAGUCCACACCAGAGAAGCGGACAGAGAAGAUCUUCAGGCAGAUGGACACCAACAGAGACGGCAAACUGUCCCUGGAAGAAUUCAUUAAAGGAGCCAAGAGUGACCCCUCCAUCGUCCGGCUGUUACAGUGUGACCCCAGCAGCGCGGGACAGUUCUAGACAUCCUAGCCAUGGAGGCGUGGAAACUUCUCUUCCUGUCUGGGUGAAUGUAAAUGCCUAUGACUGUCCACUGCAGAGCAACCUGAUGAAGAAUGAGAUGCUGGUGAUGAUGAUGAUGAUGACGUCUACAGGCCUUCAAAAUGCACUUCAAAGAUGGUGUGCAACCCCCUCCAUGGCCCUAGAACCAACAGAUUACCAUGAAUUCCAGCCGGUUUGCAAGCAUGUCGGAGUAGACUGCUGUCGCUCAAUGGCGGGUUGUAAAUAGAGUUGAUGUCUUGUAACUGUAUUUCUGUGUCGUUGAGACUACACCGCCGGCUCAUGGCAUGUCCUCCUGGGAAUGAGAGAGCUAGAGAAAGACUGGAGGCUCAACCAUCAACUUUUGAGUUCCCUUUUCUACUGUGAGAAUGUGAUCGUACAUAUUUUUGCUGCUGUUCUGACUCCUGGCUCAGACAGCCAAACAUGUUUCCAAACUUCUCAGAACUUUCCACAUCCAUCCUUUUCAAUCUUUAUAUAUUUCUCGACAGAUUACAUUGCACAAGAAUCAUCCGAAGUUUUAUGACUCUGCAAACAAGCUUCUUUCCAGAGCAGCAUGUGGAAGUAUUUGUACAGGAAUGCAUGUGAAUACUAGGCAUGUGAGUUUUUAAAAAGUCUACAGCAUCGUCCCACUGUGCUUGCUUCUGCUCAGCGCUGUUAUUAGGAUUUGCACAGUCACUGACCAGAAUGUAGACACGGACUAGGAGAGAGGAAACACUGGCUACGCUGGCGAUGGCCACUUUAUACAGCCAGCCUUCAUUGAAAUUUGGUGUCAAAUAAGAAUUUUAUUUCAGAGUACAACCAGCUACAGGAACAACUGAAGUCUGCUGCAAGUCCAUCUAAUCGCACAGUUAAGAACAUAAACAUUGUAAAUGAUGGUGGCAACUCUGGUGGAUGGUGCUGUGACGUGUAAAAGCGUCAGAGCAGAUGCAAGCAGGGAUCGAUGGCCACCGGUGUUUCCUGACACUUGGCACCAGUGUAGGUGGAAAAUGAGUUAGAAAUACAUAGCACUUAUGAGGUAUCACGCCACCAACAGAGUUACACACUUGCUGACGUAAACUUGAACCGUCUUCCUGCCUGAAUUGACACUGAAGCAAAGGAGAAAUACGGAGGAUAGAUGAUGCACUCAAAAGCAUCAGUUUCUCAACAUUUCAUUAUGGAGAAAUGAAUAUUCCAUUAAGACUCCCACAUUUUCAACAAGUGUUUUUCAUCCCACAGUUUUUGCAUUUCAGAACUCAAACAACAACCAUUUUUACAGUAUUAUCUCUUCCCAGUCAACUUUGGAUGGAUCUCCGAUUCCUUAACAGUUACUUGAAAACCGUCUUGUUUUAUGUGAUUCCAUUGGUGAACAUUACUUGUGAUAUGUUCCACAGUAGUUAUAGUUCUUCUGCUUCUGUCCUCUGCAUUGGAGAGCUGUACGUGAUUCGUGUGCUUCUUAUUUUCUCCAUCUGUCCUCCUUGAUUAUGUUUCCAAUGAAGACUCUGCAUUGAUGAGUUUCCAUUUCUUCCAGCGCUCUAAUCAUUUAAAUCUUUCCUCUGUCUUCACUUUGUCCCCUGAUACCAACCACUAGUUGGUCCAUUUCAAAGUUCUCUCUUUGUUUUAGAUGUGGCCAAUCUUGUGUUUUAUUUCAGUGUUACUUCCUUCAGAGUUCCAUCAACUUUUGUAUGGCAUACCUUCCUUCAUUUUGGAAGAUUCCUCACAUUGUUUUCAUCCUUUAUAUCUUCCUUUAUAUUCUUCAUUUCAUGUCAGUUCUUUGUCAGUUCAGAUGAGUCACCGUCACUCCAUUGGUUACUGAUGGUUCCAUCUGCUCCUUCAUCAAAGUCAAGUGUGGAAACAAUUUCCUUAGCUGCUUCCUCAGGCUUUUUGGCAUCAUCCCUUAUCAAUCCUUUUUUAACUGUAUAACACAAUAUCACUUGACGUCCAUGUCGAUUUAACAGGCGCCUUUCAGUUAAGUGGGCAUCUUGUCUGGAGCCCCUGAGCUCUCCUCAGUGUUACUCAGAUCUGGAAGCCACUCCGGAAGCAAUGGUCAAGGUCUCUAUAAAUCCUUCCCCUUUUGCAUCACCUCAGAUUAAGCACACUAUUUGACUAAAUGAUUUUGAAUUGUGACUUUGACAAGGGGGCACGGGACUCAUUCAGAUGUGUGGGAUUCUUUGAUCCCGUGGGUCCGACAUGCAUCCUGCUUAGUUCACAAGUGUAACUGUGGUCAUCUAUUCACUGAGCAUUAGGGUCACCAACAGGGCCAGUUCAAUACAAAUAUAUUUUUAUAUUAAUGUCAAGUUUUAUGUUGUUAAAAUAAUAUCUCAGAUCAGAAUCAGUGCUGAUUCCUGAUGAUGUCUUAUCCAAAAUGAACCGCAUAAUGGACUUUAUCACAGAAGUGUGUCUCAUAAAGUCGUCCUUCAGGUGACACCAGGAGGUGCUCGCAGUUUUAAAAAGGUUGGUGACCCCCCCAAGUCUCUGCCGCAGGAGUCGCUCAAGCAAUGACAAAGGAUAUCUUCUGUGCUUGGUCCUGUGGGUAAUGGCUAUAACGUUCCAUGAAACUUGAAAUAAUCUCCAUUCAUGGAGGGAGUAUGUAUUUCCACUGCUCAGCACUAGCACACGCAAACUCACUCACUCGCACAGUUGGACUAGUUUUUCAGAAGCCAGAUUGCCAGUGACUUUCCCGAAUGUAAGCUCCCGCUCCUACAGAACUCACAGACUCACCGAUUCAGUGACGAUGUUUCCUUCAACUACAAAAGCUCUGAAUGUUUUAUCAAAUUAUUUUUUUCUUAAUAAAUACAAGGGGAAAAAAGAAGGAAAAAAACAGGCAGAGUAACACAACUACUGCAAAGAUACUCUCACAGUACGUUGCUUCUAUUGUACUUUGAUUGAAAAAAUAUAUUUUCAGCUGUAGCUUUUCUGUCGGACACAGAUAUCAACAUGUGGUCAGGUGCCAAAUGAAAAUAAAACUGUAUUGUAUACAUUUAUACUGUACAAUUGUUCAGUGUUGAAGAAAAUGUUUGUAUUCGUUGCAUUUUGUAGGUUUUGUAUGGUAUCUUGUACUGGUGAACACAUGACUUUUGUCAAGUUGAAUAGGUUAUAAAUUAAAUUGACCAUUUAUUGUCA